CGAUUUCUCAUACAUCUAUACAUAGUGAUAUGGAAGGAAGGAUGGUUUCAAAGGCUAUCGUCUUUCUGCUUUUGGUAGCAACUUGCAAAGCAGUACCUGUGUUAUUUAAUGCCUUACCAGAAGUUGGUGCCAGCACACAAUACAAAACUGAAGAUAACCAUGGUAACUAUGCUUUUGGAUAUUCAGAAGACCACACCAGUGGAGGUAGUUUCAGAAACGAAGCAGGCGAUUCACUAGGCAAUAAAGUUGGAUCCUACGGUCUGCACGACGCAGACGGUCGAGCCCGGGUGGUCAAUUAUGUUGCUGACGGAGCCGGAUUCAGAGCCGAUGUCCACACCAACGAACCAGGAGUUGACCCAACCCAAGACUCGGCAGAUGUCACUGUCAACAAAGCACUUGUAGUGGCUGCUGCCCCAGCAGUGGUUACCCAUACUAAAGCUGUAGUAGCUCCCGCUGUAGUUGCUCCUGCUAAAGCGGUAGUCGCCCCUGCUCCUGCCAUUGUUUCUCAUAGUCAUCUCCAUCCCUCGGUUGCCCUCUUGCACUCUCCCCUAUAUUCUGUUCAUGCCCCCUUUGCUGUAGGGCCUUUACUGGUUCAUGGACAUCGAGUCAUCUUAUAAUUUAAUCAAAUACUUCAAGCGGUGAAUAUGAUUUACAGACUGGUGCUACAACGAUCAUGGACUUGAAUAUGCAAUACAAUCAUAAAUGGCAAAAUCUUGCAAAUUCUCCAUUAAGAUAUGUUUUAUCUUAUUGUGUAACUGCUUUUAAAUUUCCCAUUUCUAGCAAAUAUUUUUUUCUCUCCUGAUAUUAUGACUGCUUGCCUAUUCUGAAUUUGUUUUGUAAUAAUAUUAUCUUAAUUUAAUUCGGAAUCAAAUAGCAUAUGAUGCCAGUAGAUAUAAAAAAGGUAAAAGUUUAUACUUGCUUGAUAUAAAAAAAUAACGAGCACAUUAAGUGAUGUUUACAUAUUUUAAUUUCUUUUUCUUAGCAUAAAGAUUGAGAUGAUAAUUGAAAUGCAACUUUUUCUCAAUAUUCGUACUUUUUUAUAAAUAUUUAUUCUGGAUAAAUAGUUCCAAAGUUAUUUUUUCCUUAAAAAUUAAAUUCAAAAUCAUUUUUAUACCUAAUAGAUGUACUACUGUACCAAAGCGAAUAAAUACAUUUCCUCGAUUAUAAAUGCAAAUUUAUAAAGCUAUGCAAUAUAUUUGGUUUUGAACUACAAUCUGUCCAAUAAGUAUUUAGUAGCGGUCAUUUCCGAAAUAAUACAAAAUAAUAUUUUAAAUAUUGAAUAAGCAAGUUCUUUCAAAUUGCAGUGUACGAUGUUAACAUUUAUGAGGUUAAUAUUUGUAAAAUAAAUAUUAUUAAACUACUGUUAAAUCUUUGGGAGAAGAAUUUAAUGUUAUAAGGUACAUCAAAUUAUUUCUAAUGGUGUUAUUUUUAUUUGGUUUAUAUGGAUGUUCUAUUAGCUUCUUUAAGGUGUAGGUAUACAAACAAACUUCUUACUUGAGUGACAUGUCUAUAUUUAUAUUUUUAACAUUUUCAAUAGAAUGGUGUUAUAGUUACUUUGUAAUUUAAUAUUGUAUGUGUGCCGGGGCUUUCUGAUAUAUACAUAUGUGUAUAUUAAUUUGUUGCAA